UUUAAGAGUUUACAACGACUCAAUCAUCUGCAGACUAUGAUUUCUAGGUGAGUGACUAAGCAGCAUAUGACACACAGACAAUAGUUUCUAGACGUUUAAAGACCACAGGAGAAAAAAAUAAGACGUUUAUUGCUUCUUCUCCACCCCUCGGAUUCGUCGCUGCUUGGACUCGACCGACUUGCCUCCCCUCCAUAGAGUGGCUUCGCUGUCACUUUGAAUCUGAAAGUUGCUUUUUUGAAACCUCGCGCGGACACUAUCAUCUCCAGCUAGCCUGGGAACAAUUUGAUUUGUAAAAAAAAAAAAAAUAUAUAUAUAUAUAUAUAUAUAUAUAUAUAUCAACAGAAAGGAUGUACCGAGGUCACGGCAGAGGCAACCCGGCGUACGCGGGAGGCGCUUCUGGGUCAAAUGCUGCUUCCCUGGAAAGCACCACUACUUCCGCUACACAAGAGCAGAAAUUCACUAUGGCCGGCUCCAGCCAGUUCGUGCCCAGCCUCAACGCCAUCACGACCAACCAGGACCUCCAGUGGCUGGUCCAGCCCUCCCUCGUGCAUCCGCCGGGUCCUUCUCGAUCCCCGGUGCCUCCUUACCCGUCCCUCUCGAGGACUCGCCCGCAGGGUCCGCCGCCACCUCCUCCGCCGUCAUCCCAUUCCUACUUCAUCAGGCCGGGCGUCAUCAGAGCGGGCGCAAACUCGGUCACGGGGUCGACGCGGCGGAGGAACGACGAACACUUGUCUCAUGAGGAGCUGGACAGACGGAGAAUAAGGAGAGAGCGCAACAAACUGGCAGCGGCCAAAUGUCGCAAUCGCCGUCGGGAACUGACGGAUACGCUGCAAAACGAGACAGAGCAGCUCGAGGAUGAAAAGUCCCGUUUACAAAAGGAGAUAGCAGAGUUGCAAAAGCAGAAAGAGAAGCUGGAGCUGGUCUUCGAGGCUCACCGUCCAAUCUGUAAAAUCCAAGACUCCGACUCGGAUUCCGAGGCCAACGCCACGCUCUCGUCCUUGGCGGGCAUCAAGAUGGAGCCCAAGGACUACAGUGCGCCCGGACCCUCGCGUGCGAAGCAGCCAGCAAAGGUGGAAAAGGCCAAACCCAAGAUCACCAUCCCCACCAAGACAUCACCGUCAUCCUCCUCGUUAACCCUCGCAGUCAGUCAAGAGUCCGAGUCCCUGCACACACCCAUCCUGACGUCCACUCCCUCCUUCACCCCCUUCACGGCCAGCAUGAUUUUCACGUACCCCUCGGCCCCCGUGGACGCCUCCCACCAGGCCCCGCAGCCUUGCGGUGUGGCGCACCGGCGCAGUAGCAGCAGCGGCGACCAAUCGGAUCACUCCUUGCACUCUCCCACCAUCCUCACACUGUGACUGGCGACGUGAUUGGAACUGACCAUUUCAAAAUGAGUUUCAAUUAAUUGUUUUUGUCAGGUUUAUUUUUUUUGGGGGGGGGGGGGGGGGUGGAAAAGGCCCAAUGAGGAAUUUUUAAUUUUUUUUUUCAAGGACCACCGCAUAAUCCUAACCUCAAUUUAACAUAACUACCAAUGCCAUAGGAAUUAAAAAUUUGCCCGUUUUUGAGAAGUCAUCAAUGACGAUAACAAUAACAUAUUUUUAAAGAGAAAAACAAAAUUCUAUUCUUAUGAGAAUAAAGUCGGAGUUUUCGUGGGGAAAGAGAGUCAUAUUUUAACAAGUGAGUUUGAAAAACUACUUUUCUCAUAUCAAAAUACGACACCGUUUUAUUUCUGAAAAGAUGCCUUAUUGUCUAAAAAUAGGACUGUAUUCUAAAAAUUUUUUUCUUUAUUAUUAAAAAAGGACUAUAUUCCCACUAUUGUACCUUUUUAAGAAUAAAAGCUGGAUUGUUAUGAAAAUGAAAUUUCCUUUUGUAAAAGAAAAAAGUCUUAAUCUUUACAAGAACAAAGACCUAUUAUCUCAGGAUACAAAGUUGUAAUCUUACGUGAAUAAAGUCAUAUUUUUCCAAGAAAAAGCUGCAAUAUAAUGAAAUUUAAAUCAAAGUUUAACAGGGAAUAAAAUCAUAUUUUAACGUGUGUUUAAAAAAAAUACAACUUCAUUUGAACCGUAACAUAACAACUUUUAUUCUAGGAAAGAUGCCUUUAUUCUCUAAAAAAUAGGACUAUAUUCCGCCAAAAUAUGCCUUUAGUUUAAAAAAAAAAAAAAGUAGGAUAAAAGAACAAAAAGUUGUAAUGUUACGGAAAUAAAGUUGUAUUUUUUUCAAGAUAAAGUAGUACUCUUUGCAAAAAACAAAGACGGAUUUUGUCUGGCUAAGAAGUCGUAACCCUACGGGGAUAAAGUAUUUUUCGAAUAUAAACUUGCCGUAUUAUGAUAUUAGAAUCAAAGUUUAACAACCAAAGAGAGCCAUAUUUUAACAAGUGAAUUUAAAAAAAAUACAACUUUUCUAUAAUCAAAAUAUGUCUUUUAUUUUGGACAAGGUUUGUUUCCCCCCCCCCCAAAAAACUAACAAAGAACGACUUUAUUCAUUUUGGGAUGCCAUAUUUAAGUGAUGGGCGGCACGGCGGACGAAUGGUUAGCACAUCCGCCUCACAGUUCUGAUGACCGGGGUUCAAAUCCCGGCCCCGCCUGUGUGGAGUUUGCAUGUUGUCCCCGUGCCUGCGUGGGUUUUCUCCGGGUACUCCGGUUUCCUCCCAUAUUCCCAAAACAUGCAGGGUAGGUUAAAUGAAGACUCUAAAUUGCCCGUAGGUGUGAAUGUGAGUGCGCAUGGUUGUUUGUUUUUAUGUGCCCUGCGAUUGGCUAGCGACCAGUUCAGGGUGUACCCCGCCUCCUGCCUGAAGAUAGCUGGGAUAGGCUCCAGCACUCCCCGACCCUUGUGAGGGUAAGCGGCUCAGAAAAUGGAUGGAACCCACACUGCCUGUACCCAAAUAGGUCAAAUGUAGUACUACACCAUCAGUGACUUACAACAUAAUUUCUGUCAAAUUAUUUCGCUGACCCCCAAACCACGGCUCGCAGACCACCAGGGUCCCUUCGAUGCCAGUUUGAGAACCGCUGCUCUACUCGGUUGGCAUUGUCACAAUCCACUUAUUACGCUUUUACUUUAUGGAGGUUUUCUUACCUACAUACUUUAUACCUCUCCUUUUUUAAGUGGCACAAUUGUGUUGAAGAUGAACAAUGCAUGGAGAGUAUUUUAUCUACGUAUAUUUUGGUAAUUGAAUGUAAGAUUGCAUUUAAUGACAAUGUUGCAUCACGGCAUGUAACAUUUUUAUGGAUGGGAAAGUUGUCCUUAGCUAUAUUUUAAAAAAAAUAUUUGACAAUUUAUUGACCACUAAGGCUGGGCCGUAGGAGUUGAUAGCGAGCAUAUUUAUUUGUGAGAGGGUAAUAUAUUUUUGAUAAUGGGUGGGCAGUGCCUUACUUUUCAGCUUUUAGCACAGCAGUGUUUCAGAGACAAUAAAGAAAGACAACU